AACGACGAAUACUAUGCAUCUGCAGAGAGGCAUCACCGUAAAUACUGUACGGACAAUGCAGAAACCAGUUUGACUAUAAAUCAGCUUUGCUAAAACGCCCAAUCAGGAAAAAGCUAAACCCGGAAGUAAUUUAUCCAGCUGUUGGUGUGUGUGUGUGAGAGAGAAACAUAGAGAGAGAAACAAACAGAGAGAGAGGAGAUGGUGGUUGUUUGUGGCUUUCUUUGGGAUGAAAAUAAUACACCGUAUGAAAAUGUAACCGACGACAUAAAUCCACGUCUGGUCUCGAACAAGGAACAUUGUGGGAAAUAUGCUCUUGUGGAAGGCAUAGACGCCAGUGUGCAGAUCUGGGUUGCAUCUGUGGUAUUUGGGCCUGGAUGAGGUCUUGUAGCCAACCAUGUUCCCCUGCUCCACCACAACACAGUAGACCAGAGGAGAGUAGACAGACAGUAGAAUUCAAUGUCAUUGUGAAGAGGACAAGGUCAUUGUGAAGAGGACACUGUGAAGAGGACACUGUGAGUGCAGGAUGCAGUCUUCAGGCCACCGGCAGCGUGACACAGAGCAGCACCAACCCCUGCUGUCAGCUGACGAUGACCCUGAGGCUGGGGCAGGUCCUCUGUGUCCUCCGGCUGACCAGGACGGCCUGUGGUUUAUCCAGGACAGCUGUGGUAUAGUCUGUGGUGUGGUGACCUGGUUGUUGGUCCUCUACGCUGACUUUGUGGUCAAUCUGGUGAUGCUGCUGCCAAACAAGAGCUUGUGGUACUCCGUGAUCAACGGAGCGCUGUUUAACUUCCUGGUCGUCAUGGCGCUGGCCUCGCAUCUACGGGCCAUGCUGUCAGACCCGGGGGCGGUUCCUAAGGGCAACGCCACCAAAGAGUACAUGGACAGUCUGCAGCUGAAACCUGGAGAGGUCAUCUAUAAAUGUCCCAAGUGUUGCAGCAUCAAGCCACAGAGGGCCCAUCACUGCAGUAUCUGUAAGCGCUGUAUCCGUAAGAUGGACCACCACUGUCCCUGGGUCAACAACUGUGUCGGGGAGAAGAACCAGCGCUUCUUUGUGCUCUUCACUAUGUACAUAGCUCUGAUCUCGGUCUACGCCCUCUGCCUCAGUUUCCUACAGUUCUACAGCUGUGUCAAUGACCAGUGGAAUGAAUGCACCGACUUCUCUCCGCCAGUGGCGGUGAUGCUGAUGAUCUUCCUCUGUCUGGAGGCCUUCCUCUUCCUCACCUUCACCGUGGUGAUGUUCGGAACGCAGAUACACUCCAUCUGCAACGACGAGACGGAGAUCGAGCGUCUGAAGAAUGAGAAGCCGACGUGGGAGCGGCGUGUGCGCUGGGAGGGGAUGAAGGCCGUGUUCGGAGGCCCGCCCUCCUUCCUCUGGUUCAACCCAUUCACCGGCCUGCGUCUGCGGCGCCUACUGAUGACACGUACACGCCGUAGUGGUGUGGAGUUCUCUGUCUGAGGGCUGAGCAGCCAAACACAGCUCUUCACCGUCUGAUACCCCCGGACCUCUCUGGACCGUCUGGUACCCCCGGACCUCUCUGGACCGUCUGAUACCCCCGGACCUCUCUGGACCGUCUGAUACCUCUGGACUGUCUGGUACCCCGGACCUCUCUGGACCGUCUGAUACCCCCGGACCUCUCUGGACCGUCUGGUACCCCCGGACCUCUCUGGACCGUCUGAUACUCCCGGACCGUCUGGUACCCCGGACCUCUCUGGACCGUCUGAUACCCCCGGACCUCUCUGGACCGUUGAACACAUCAUGGGGGUUCUGGUGGUACCUCUGGACUGAUAGGAUGGGGGUGUGAUCUGUGACCUACGUAAUGUAGAACAGCUGUACCCCCCCCAUACACACUACAGGGGCUCCCCUGAAGUCCCUGACUCUCUGCCCUUAGAAAAAGUGCUUCCAGCAUGGCUGUCUCCACCCCACUGACAGGGAGACCUGUAUCUGGGUCUGUCCUCCACACAGAGAGACUAGGGCUUUAUCUGGGUCUGUCCUCCACACAGAGAGACUAGGGCUUUAUCUGGGUCUGUCUGUCCACAUAGAGAGACUAGGGCUUUAUCUGGGUCAGAGUGUCCACACAGAGAGAGUAGGGCUUUAUCUGGGUCUGUCCUCCACACAGAGAGACUAGGGCUUUAUCUGGGUCUGUCCUCCACACAGAGAGACUAGGGCUUUAUCUGGGUCUGUCCUACACACAGAGAGCCUUGGGCUUUAUCUGGGUCAGUCUGUCCACACAGAGAGACUAGGGCUGAAUAUGGGUCAGUCUGUCCACACAGCGAGACUAGGGCUUUAUCUGGGUCAGUCUGUCCACACAGCGAGACUAGGGCUGAAUAUGUUUCUGGGCCUGUCCUCUACACAGAGAGACUAGGGCUGAAUAUGGGUCUGUAUCUGGGUCAGUCUGUCCACACAGAGAGACUAGGGCUGAAUAUGGGUUUGUAUCUGGGUCAGUCUGUCCACACAGAGAGACUAGGGCUGAAUAUGCUUCUGGGUCUGUAUCUGGGUCAGUCCUCUACACAGAGAGACUAGGGCUAAAUAUGGGUCUGGGUCUGUCCUCCACACAGACUAGGGCUUUAUCUGGGUCUGUAUCUGGGUCAGUCCUCCACACAGAGAGACUAGGGCUUUAUCUGGGUCUGUAUCUGGGUCAGUCCUCUACACACAGAGACUAGGGCUGAAUAUGAGUCUGUAUCUGGGUCAGUCUGUCCACACAGCGAGACUAGGGCUUUAUCUGGGUCUGUAUCUGGGUCAGUCCUCCACACAGAGAGACUGGGGCUGAAUCUCAAGCUGAACCCUUGGCCGCUAAUCCUUUUGUGUUUGAUAGUGAUCACUCAACUGCCACUGUUCUGGGACAGGGAGAGACCAGCCUGCCCUCCUCUGCUGUGAGUCCCAUUCAGUCAGUCAGCCAGCCAGCCAGCCAGUCAGUCAGUCAGCCAGUCAGCCAGUCAGUCAAUCAGUCAGUCAGCCAGCCAGCCAGUCAGUCAAUCAGCCAGUCAGCCAGCCAGUCAGUCAGUCAAUCAGUCAGCCAGUCAGUCAAUCAGCCAGUCAGUCAGUCAAUCAGUCAGCCAGCCAGUCAGCCAGCCAGCCAGUCAAUCAGCCAGUCAAUCAGUCAGCCAGCCAGCCAGUCAGCCAGUUUGCUUUUUUAAGGAGCUCCUCUUCUGUCUUUUUGAUGAAGAACCUGCAGUAUGGAACUGUCGAGGUGUCACUCACAAUCAUUGUUCUACUCUGAAGACACUGAGUUGUGAUUGGACGUUAAACAGGAUUUGUCUAGGACACCCAAUGGACAGACAGGACAGGGGUGAAAUGACGUUCUGAGUUAACUACACUCCAGGACUUGUCUAGGACACCCAAUGGACAGACAGGACAGGGGUGAAAUGACGUUCUGAGUUAACUACACUCCAGGACUUGUCUAGGACACCCAAUGGACAGACAGGACAGGGGUGAAAUGACGUUCUGAGUUAACUACACUCCAGGACUUGUCUAGGACACCCAAUGGACAGACAGGACAGGGGUGAAAUGACGUUCGGGGGAGGUUCUACCAGAAUUGAGCAAAUCCGAAACGCUGAAAAAUGUAUUUUUGUUGAUUCUUUGUAUUUUGUCUCAUUGGUUGUUUUUCCUCCUUGGUUAGGAGCUGCUACAGUGUUUCCCAAGUCCCCCCCUUUACCAGUGUUUCCCAAG